AUGAUCAAUAUUUUCAAGCUUCGACCCAAGGGCCGAAUAAGGUGUCGAGGAUUCUUGGUUAAGAAUCAAAAGGCGACUCCUUAUAGUAUCGCUUUUCAGCGCUACAUUGGAGACAAGAGUGUUAAGUUCUUCAGCGAGAACGGCAUAAAUGAACCGAUAUUUAAUAAUUUUGAUGAUGUGACAAGCAUUAAAAAUCAAUUAGGUGAAUUCAUCGCUGACAGAUCAGCUCGUAGAUGGUCAUUUGAUAAUUCCAAUGGAUCCCAUAUUUCUCAGUCAGACAACGUUAUUCCUUCCUUCGAUCCAGUUUCCAAUUUAAAAGAUGCCAUUGACAUGAAUGCCAUGAGCCCACCUACGGUAGGCUCUCUCGUUGAAUUUAUAGACCCGAUUACAGGUUAUGUGUCUCUUGGUGUGGUUUUAAGGGCGUCAGAAGCUAAGUUUGACGAGAAUUAUAAUAAGCUUACCACUUUAACUAUGCAAAAUGAGAUACAAUUAGUCAGUCCUACAAGAGUUACGUUUCACUUGUAUAGGGUUUACGGAGAAGAUUGGGUAAAUUAUUCAGAAAUAUUAAAGUAUCGAAGUGAGAAAACGAAUAUUGUCCGUUUAUCUUUAGUCAAUUCAUUGAAUAGCUUUAUGAGUCAAAGUAAGAGACUUUCUUUAGAAUUACAGAAGAAUUUUGAAAUAUUGUUUGCUCAAUACGCUCAACCAUUUAGUAUUACACCUAUUUCUUUAGCUGAAAUAAUAGACUCAUUAAAGUUUGACUCGAGAAUUUGGGAUGACCUCAACAAAACGUAUUCCAAUCAAUCGUCGUUGUUGUUAUCUUGUCAACUAUUGAUUCGAGAAUCUCCACGAUGGAUUAUGUCUUCGAAUUUAUGCGGUGUUAGCUAUACAAAUUUAUUCAAAGGAGGUUACUCUAAUUUGUUACCACCUGAUAUCUCCUAUUUCGUUAAUUCUGAAAAUAACUGGUCUUCGAUUGAAAAGAUCCUUAAAGAUUUUGAGAGUCCGAAAAAGGUUGCUGAAUAUGAGGACUUCUUAAAUGACCUACUUUCGACUCAAGAGUCAGAAUCUGCCAAAUCCUUUGAGGAAUUGAAUUUAUUCUUUAAUAUAUGGGGCGGACGUCCAUUUAAGUGUCUUAUAGACUAUUUGAAAUUUGCAAUUAUAUACCCUCACCCAUCAAUCAUCGGUCCAUUAUCGAAGCUUGCUGUGUUUAAAGGAACCUUAAUUACAUCUCUAUCGAUUUUCAAAGUACUCAAAAAGUUGAAAAUUUAUGAUAAUUCCAAUAAUCAAUCGACAGAUGUUUAUUUAUCAUCAAAUAUUAUAGGAAAGCCUCAUUUGUCACAACUAGCUAUUUCAUCCGCCAGGGAGCUAACCCCGAAUUCCUUAGCAAAGGAUUUGUUGUACGAAGAUAAGGUAGUUGACAAAUUUCCCCAUCUCAGGAAUGAAAAAAAAUAUUAUCAAGAUCAUAUAAUUUAUGGACUACCUUUUUUCAAACCCUUUGCAUCCAAAAAAAAAUCUUCAAAAAUAGCAGUGUCAUUAGAAAGACUCAACUCCAGAAAGUAUUCCAUUAAUAUUCAUAUGCCAGACAUUGUGACGAAGAUUGCGCCAACAAGUGAAUUGUUCAAUUCAAUGAGCUCUAAUAGCUCUCUCAUGAAAACCAUCUCUGGACUAAUCAAUGAAACAUCUAUAAAUAUCUUGGAUAAUUCUUUGGUGAAAGAAUUCGAAUUGCCAGAACAGCAUAUACAUGAUAGUAAUGAGAUAUUUCAAGUUGGCGAUUUUAAAACCGCAAGCUCAUCUAAGUCUCAUCUGAAAACUACAUGUCUAACUCUCUCGUUUACGUACAACGUUUACGAUUCAAAUCCUUUUAAGGACUUGAAAGAUAAUAUUUCAUUUUCCUUUGACUCAUUACAUGAUGUGAAAAUAAAGAAUGUUGACUGGAAUGAGCUUGAUGAUUGCUUAAAUGGUAAGUUAGAAAAAUCACCAUUUAAGUUGUUUAGACGAGAUUCUACAAAGCUCAAAUCAGAUCAUGAAAAAGCUAAACCAUCCUUGAGUGGUGUAGAUUGUCAUAAUAUCAAUUUUAUCUAUAACGUGAUGCGUAGUCAUUUCAAAAUUAGAAAUUUAGACGGAUCUUCGUCAACUGAGUCUUCUCUGCCUUACGAGAGAUCAGAUGCUAGCAAUUUGUUAAAAAAAGUGAGCAUAUGUGAUAGAGAUACACCAAAAGAAACCAUCAUCUCAAAAGUAGAAGUGUCUUCAAGUAACUCCGAAUUUAAUUCUUCUAAAUUUUUAAUGAGGGAAAUUGACUACUUCAUCGGUAAUGCUACCGCAGCAUAUUCUAUUCAUAAUGGGAUUCCAAUGUUUAGGCACUUUCAGGAUGUCUUGAUGAGUAAUAGAAAUGCGGUGUCGCAAGAUAGCUUAACUGAAUUCAAUGAUAAAGACCUCGAGCCCGAUAGUGACUUUGAUUCAGUUUUUGUUUCUCACAACAACUUUCUUUUGCCCAAUUUCAGAUCAGGUUCUUAUUUCCACACUCUAAUUUCUAGAGAUUCUAGCGGGUUUGUGUCAGAUCUGGCCUACUUCAUAGGUAGAAAUUAUUUGGCAAAACCAGAAGUAGACGUUUUCGGCUUAUCAAGCUUGCAGAAUAUACCUUUGGGCAUGAAAGACGGAUAUGUUAAAAUGUGCGAUAUUACUAAUGACUACGAGGCAAUGCUCAAUCAGAUACAAAUUUUAAACUAUUUACAAUCAUUGUGGGUCAAAAGGAACACCAACACAAUAUCAAACAUUCAUAAAAGGGUCAGCUAUCUCAAAAGAUUUGGCUACAACUUGAACGGUCCUUUUCUGGGUCAACUUUUGCAUAAUCAAAUUGAUAAGAUCCGUAACGCCCAAAGUUUAAUUGAAAAUUUAGGCUUUUUAAACAAGCGAUUUUGGACUUAUACCUCACUAGAGCAGAUCAUUAAUGAAAAUGAUCCGACAGUUUCAGUAAAAGCAAGUUACGAGUGUGUCGUUACAGAAGUCGGAUUAGAGAUUUCAUACUUGAAUAAGAAAUUAUCAAGAGCAUUCUGCAAGGAUCUUGGGCUUGAAGUGGGUAUACUUUUACCUUCUUGCUCAAUUACAUCGAUAGGCACCGUCAUCCAAUGUGAUAAAAUAGUUUUUUUGGAUGUACCCGGAGGUGAAUGUGUAUUGGCAAGCUCAGACAUAAUGCAUUAA